AUGUCCGACCUCGCGCGCUCCUUUGCAAAAACUAAACUAUCGUCACUCCCUCCGCCUGAACCCCUCACCGAGGAAUCCACAGAUGUCUACGAAGAUGAUAGCUCCUCCGCAAGCUCCAUGAGCUCCACCGGCACGGUCAUACCCACAAACAACCAACGGCCGGCACCUGUCCUGCACUGGUCAGACUACUUCGCUCAAGAGUUCUACCUCGAGCGACCUGCCUCGCCAACAGGCUCGCAUGCCAAAUUCCACGUCUACCUCACCCCGCCUACGUCGCCGAAAGCGAAUCUCCUGGUCCUGCACCAUGGCGCGGGGAGCUCAGCGCUGAGCUUCGCAUUGAUGGCGAAGGAGGUCAGGAAGUUGAUGCCAGAUAUCGGAAUACUAGCCGUCGAGGCGAGAGAGCAUGGGAGCGUGGUGUGGGACGCAGACGGCCACGUCGACAACGAUUUAUCCGUGGAUGUGCUCGGACAAGACCUCGUCGACAUGGUUCACCUCACACAGAGCAAGAUGGCCUGGGUAGAUUUGCCCACUGUGGUGCUCAUCGGACACAGUCUGGGCGGAGCGGUAGUCACGCAUGUUGCGAACAAGGGGCUGCUGGGCAAUAAGCUGCUGGGGUAUGCGGUGCUGGACGUGGUUGAGGGGAGCGCGAUGGAGGCGCUGAAACAUAUGCAGAGUUAUUUGGCGAGUCGGCCGAAGACGUUUCCUAGUUUGCCGGCGGCGAUUGAGUGGCAUAUACGGUCGAGAACACUACGGAAUCCGCAGUCGGCGAGAGCGAGCGUUCCUAGUCUACUGCUGCAGACUCCGGACGGGAAGUGGGCGUGGCGGACGGAGCUGGGCAGUACGGAGGCAUAUUGGGAGAACUGGUUUAAUGGCAUGAGUGCGAAAUUUCUGGGUGGGAAGGGCGCGAAGCUUCUGAUACUCGCGGGAACGGACAGGUUGGAUAAGGAACUUAUGAUCGGGCAGAUGCAGGGCAAAUUCCAGCUGCAAGUGUUUCCGGCAGCCGGACACUUCCUCCAAGAGGAUCUACCUGAAAAGACGGCCGAAGUGGUGGUCGAGUUCGUCAAGCGUAACGAUCGUAGUACGCUAAUACUACCGCCCAAGAUAUCGGAUCUCCUCGCACAAGGCAAGAAAGUGUGA